AUGGCCGGUGGCGGCGUCGGAGGAGAGACGAGGGACGGCGGCGGCAGAUGCUGCACGCCGAAUCGCCGGCGUGCUCCCGUGUUGCCGCUGCCGCAAGAACUUGACCUACUGUUGAGCAAGUACGUGCUCUUCCAUAUGUACCUGCUCAAGGCGGUGACGGGCUUAGGCUACCUGGCGCUUACGUGGUCCACGGUAGUCCUCCUGGGUGGCUUCAUCACAGCGCUGACCAAGAAAGACUUUUGGUGCAUCACCGUAAUCAGCUUGAUGCAGGCAACCAGGAUUUUUCACGACUUGGCCGACCAGCUACUCCCCAAUUUCUUCAAGCUAGUGACGCACAUUAUCCGCCACAACCGUGUCGUUCUGCGUCAUCGAAUGCUGCAUGUGACCGAAUCGUUUAGAGACAAAGAUCCCUUGGCCACGGUAGCUGCAAGAGUUGCCUCCGUUGCUUUCGUUGGACUGGCGGUGCUGCCGUUCCUGGUCAUGUGCUACGUCCCUGCCUUCCUCUACGUGUAUGGCGGGCCCGUCGCCUGCAUCGCGCUUGCCAUCUGGCGCACGGUGCAGCGCGACUACGGCGGCGGCGGGGACGACAAGGCGAACCUGGCGCCGGCGCUGGACAUGUUCUACUCCCUGGUCCUCCUCCAAGGCGGGCUCCUCCUGGUCUGGCUCUACCAUGAGUCCUGGUGGGUAGACCACCUCAUAACGCUCCGUCAACACUGCAAGCUGCCCAACACGGCAUGGUGCCGCCUGGCGCUCGUGGAGUUCCUCUGCGACACCAGGGCGAGAUGCUGGCGGAACCUCUCGUCGAUCCGUGGCCGGAAGCUCGUCGACUACGCCGUCAGCUUGCUGGACUCCGGGUCGUGGGAUGACAACCUGUCGGGGGCGAGGCUGCUGGACGAGUUCAUCAGGCAGGGGUGCGACAUGAGGUCGCUGCUUCUUCCUUCCAGGCCGAAGAUCCAGAAGCUGAUCGACUCGCUGGGAUGGAGAGAAGGCCGGCGACCGGAGGACGCAGAGAUGAGGAAGCUCGCUGCACGCAUCGUGGCGCACCUCGCCGGCGGCCUCCACCUGGCUCAGUUCUCCGGUGCCAUCCAGUGCAUAUCCUACCUUCUCCAGGACGAGGCCACGCUGGCGUACAGCGACCAACAAGGGCUCACCCAUCAUCCACAGAGGAGGCUUGCAUCAGAGAAACAGGCCAUGAUCCUUCGACUCGAAAGGAGGGAACGAGAACGGGAAGCACGCCACCAGAAAAAACUCCCCAAGAGACUACAACGUGAUGGUGUUCGCCUGAAGCAGCAGCAGCAGGAACAGCAGCUGCAACAGCAGCAGCAGCAGCGAGGAGGCGGCAGCGGUGCCUGCAACGAGCUGAUCCUGCAAGGCCUGGCGAUCCUGGAGAGGCUCGCAUCUGACCACCACAACCGCGGCGAGAUAAGCGGCAGCAGCGGUCUCCUCGCCAAGAUCACGGCGCCGCUCUACUCCGGCAGGUUCGUCCAAGGUAUCGGCAUCGCCGACUGGGUCCAUGUUGCCAACGCCACCUUCAAGGUUGUGUACCAGCUCAUCCAUGCUCCCGGGGAGACCAGCGCAAGGCUGCGCACUGAGAUCUCCUCAAACAAGCAAGCAAUGAGCAACCUCGACACCAUUAUUGUUCGUCAGGAAGCCCAACAGGAGCUGAAGAUGCGAGCGAUGGAGAUCCUGACAGAACUGGCCUUGGAUCUGUCUAUCGACCUACCCAGGGAAACAAAAAGAGCUCUCAUGAAGAAGCAGAUGCACAUCUUCCUUACCGGUGAAGGGGACCUUAGAGCCACCGCUGGGAGAACACUAGUGUUAACCAAAUGUGCAGAUGAGAGUAGCUUCGAUCGUCUAGUUCAAAUUCUUGAUGAUAAGAACAUCAAAAUCAAAUACAGGAUGAUAGCAGCGGAGAUCUUGGAGAAUAUGUGUGCACACUGUGGCAAACAACGUGUGAAGGAUAUAUUGCUGCCAAAGGUGCGAGAGACUCCUUCAUCAAGGGACCAAAAUAAGUCAUCUGAUCAAGGAAAUGAGGGGCAAACUGCUACAAAGGCAUUGCAAGAAAAACUUCUGUCGCUUACUCUUGUGAUGUAUGCUAAACUGGAAAAUGCAGAUUUCAGCAUUGCGCUUCAAAACAAUGGCUCAGCAUUUGUGGCGAAGCUCAAGAGUAUGGUAGAAGAGAACUGUCAGGCCACAGUUUGCAGUCUCAAUAUUGUGAAGCUUUGCGGUCAGAUAGCCUUAUCAAUGAUGCAGCGCAACCAGUAUACUGAGCACUUCAAACACCAGGAAUUCGUGAAGUCGCUGUGUAAGGCUAGGAAAAUCAUGUCCAACCUUGAAAGUUGUGUACUGUUUGCUGGGACUGGGAGGGAUCAUGGACUGAGGAAGAUGGCCUGGCCUCUCCUCUUUGAUCUUGAGAAAGAAGCAGAAAGGGUAGUUGGUUAG